CUUUUUUUUUCUGAAUUUGCAGACUUCCAUUGAUCUUCUUUAGUUUUUGCACAUUAUAAAAUAAGAGGUCUCUUUGUUGCAACUUAAUUUUUUCUAUAGAGAAAUUCCUGCUCAUAAAUCAUUGCUCUCUCUCUCUUCUUCGUUCUGGGUUGUGUUCUUGAUCAGGAACACUUUUUAAGAAAUAAGGCACAAUGCGUGCACCAUCAUUGCUUUCACAGUGCUUAGCUGGCUUGGUGCCUCAUGACCGAGUGAGUCACAGCAUCACCAAUGUUUCAGAUAGAGACAUGCAUCUCCCUUCUCCUGCAGUUGAGAUUCUCCCUUCAAAGAUGGCACACCUUUACAAGUAUGCUGCGGAGAAUGUAGAACUACAAGGCCUUAAUGUGUUCAAGGGAAAAGUUAAUGUUGCUGAUAUUAUUGGGUUCACUGGUUCUGAAAUGAUAUCCUCAAAAACUGAUGGGUCCGUGAAAUCUUGGGAUAGCUCUAUUGAUCUUGUAAAUGUCCUUAAGCAUGAGCUUCGCGAUGGGCAACUGAGUUUUAGAGGCAAGAGGGUACUUGAGCUUGGUUGUGGCUAUGGACUUCCAGGGAUUUUCGCUUGCCUCAAGGGAGCUUGCAUGGUGCACUUUCAAGACCUUAAUGCAGAAACCGUAAGGUGCACAACUAUACCAAAUGUCCUUGCUAAUCUUGAGCAAGCUCGGGACAGCCAGAGCCGACAGCCAGAGAGCCCUCUUACUCCUUCAAGACAUCCUCUUUCCCCAUCAGUGCAUUUCUAUGCUGGAGAUUGGGAAGAACUUCCAGCAGUCUUAUCUAUUGUGAGGAAUGAUGCCUUUGAAGUGACAACAGGAAUGAGCCUGAGCUUCUCUGAGGAGGAUUUCAUGGAUGGAUGUAGUAGCCAAGAUGGUAGCGUCAUAGGUCAGGAAACUUCCUCAAGGCAAUCAAGAAAGCUUUCAGGGAGCCGUGCAUGGGAGAGGGCCAGUGAGAUAGAUCAUGGUGAAGGUGGGUAUGAUGUUAUUCUGAUGACAGAUAUCCCAUACUCGGUGACCUCUUUGAAGAAGCUAUAUGCUCUCAUUAAAAAGUGCUUGAGGCCACCAUAUGGAGUAUUAUACUUGGCAACAAAGAGAAAUUAUGUUGGCUUCAAUAAUGGAGCAAGACACCUGAAAGGUCUAGUAGACGAAGAGGGCAUUUUUGGAGCUCAUUUAGUGAAGGAGAUGUCUGAGAGAGAUGUUUGGAAGUUCUUUCUCAAGUGAACAUCAAAGAGUAGCUACUAACUGUCACAAUUUUCGGAUUCUGUUUUGCUCCAAAUACUAUUUUGUAUAUUAUAGAUCACAAGUGUCCUUUACUUUUCUUUUCAUAAUAAUGAAAUUGCAAUAUAAAUGUUUACUUAGCAGG